CCACACGCGUACCUUUGCCUUGCCUUUGCCUUUGCCAUCGCCAUCGCCCGGGAACCAAGUCUCCUUCGUCCUCCUUCUUCCUCCACCCCCAAGACUGAAGGCGGACGGCCACGCCAUCCCUAAUCUCUGGGUGCACACGCAACCCCCAACCUAACUGACUGCAAACUUCGUACUCUCCCUCUCCGUACCUGUAACCCGAACCUUACCAAGACACACCUCGUCGUCGCCGCAUACUCUUCUUCCUCAUCACCAACAGUCACUCACCUAAUUAUUUACAACCGAUGAAGAAUAACUUCAACUGCUGCCCCCUUCAUCAUCAUCAUCAUCAUCAUCAUCAUCAUCAUUACCAGUUCUUUUCGCUCUGCCCGCAUCAGCCACCGAAGACAGAAGACAGGCAUCUAUUCUUGCAGCGGACCUAGCCUAAAACACUAAGCGAAGUGGCAUUGCGACAACUGAACUGGGCUGUGCCAGGGAGGGUCCCUCAUCACGCUCGCUCAACACCACCACCUCAACCUCCACCUCGACUUCCUUCCUUCCUUCAAUUCAGGAACUCCGUGCUGGAGUAUCGACGACAACAACCGGAAUCAUAGGACAGACACAAGCAGAAAAGAGGUGCGAAUAUUGGGCGGUGGACGACGAUUGCUUCUGCCUCGACCUCGACACCCUUCACAUCGGCCUCGAGUACGAACCGGCAGAGGAAGAGAUGGCCGACUCAUCGGGCUUCGGCUCGCAACAGAACGGGAAUGGGGAUUACGAUGAUCAAUGGGCGAGGGGAUUGACGGCACAAUUCGAAGGUUUAUUACGGACGAAACGACUGAACGAGCUGGACCGAUCAAGGACAUCUUCACCAUCACCAAGAGAGCGAGCGUCUUCGAGCAACCUACGAGCCGCCUCUACUCAUUCACAACAAUCACAUUCAUCAGGGUACAGACCAUCGACAUCAAGUGGCUCGCAAUACGGCGCUACCCCUCCAUCGUAUGCGUCGCUGAGAAGCCUACCCAAGGUCCCGUCGCCACCUGCGGAUGCGCAGUCGCAAAAGUUCAGGAACCUCCUCAUAUCUCUAUCACUUACACCCACGAAGUACGAGAACCCUGGACUGUUGGAUGAGGCGUUACAGGUUAUCCCACUGGAUCGGAUAUAUGGCGAGGCGGAGGAGGAGAGCCAAGUGCUCCAGGCACAGGCUGAGAGUAUGGGUGAUGGACGAAAGCCGGAAUGGGGAUAUCAAGACUGUGUCAUUCGCGCAUUAUUGAGAUGGUUCAAGCGGUCAUUCUUCUCCUGGGUCAACAACCCGCCAUGUUCAGUCUGUUUAUCACCAACAAUUGCGCAAGGCAUGACACCACCAACACCAGAGGAGUCAGCAUACGGUGCCCUCCGAGUAGAAUUGUACAGAUGUUCCGCUGGUGAUUGCGGUGCCUACGAGCGAUUCCCAAGAUACGGCGACGUUUGGCGGUUACUACAGACCAGGAAAGGACGAAGUGGCGAGUGGGUCAACGUAUUCAGCAUGCUAUGCAGAGCAGUAGGAGGACGUGUGAGAUGGGUAUGGAAUGCCGAGGACCACGUAUGGACGGAGGUGUAUUCGGAGAUGCAAAAACGAUGGAUCCAUGUUGACGCUUGUGAAGAAGCUUGGGACAAUCCACGGCUGUACGCUGACGGAUGGGGAAAGAAGAUGUCGUAUUGCGUCGCCUUUUCCAUGGAUGGAGCCACAGAUGUUACUCGACGAUACGUUCGAAAACCUGAGCAAGCUCUUGAGCGGAACCGUUGUCCAGAGGAAGUGAUGCUGUACAUCCAGAACGAGAUUCGUAAUCUUCGACGAUCCAACAUGCCCAAGGAUGAACGAUUCAGACUUGAGAAGGAGGACAGCAGAGAGGACAGAGAACUCCGAGGUUACGUUGUUGCUUCGAUCGCUCAAUCCGUCGUCUCCAACCUUCGACCUGGCGAACCAUCCAUGAUGAAUGGACGUCCACAUACACCUGAAGAUCAAAAGCUGCCUGCUGAGCAGCCUGCCACUCGACAAAAUGGUGCUCAGGAAUGGGCCAAUGCCAGAGACAAUAGUCAGCGACACCACCAACCACCCAGAGAUCCUUCACAACGCGGCUUCUGAAAGACUCGAUGAAAGUCUUGUUCACACCACCACCCACAUCAACGGAAGUUGAAGGCAUGUCGGCUAGCUAUCGAUCACAGAGCGCAAUUGAGCGACCAUGAUGAGCACGCCAGCGUCUCGAGUUGAUACCAUCGUGGACAUCCGUCCGCACGGCAUGCCGCUGCCUUCUAUUUAAUCUUCACAUGUUGAUACAUCACAUCAGCAUUACUUCGACAAGGACACAUAUUUUACACCAUCUUACAAAAUCAAUACCAUCAUCAGCCUGUCCAUAAACAGGCUUGUACGCUUAUACAUGUGCGGCUGCAUUUCCAUCCGGGGGAAUUUGGAGGGACUACUAUUUACUGUGUCUACACUGGCGUACCGGCGGUUGAUACUAUCAUUACCGACAUCAACAUCAAUCCAUGAUCGUAAUUCAUUUUGUCAUUUAAGGGAGAGCAUGAGUGCUCGUCUCGUGGUUGAGGUCGAGGUUGUUUUUGGUAUUGUUUGAUUUGAAAUCUGGGUCUAGCUGUGCUGAGGCGGUGUCCGAAGCUGGUAAACAGCGGCGUUGUUUUGGAUUGGGAGGGUUCAUAUGACCCUGUUCGGAUCGAAGCCGAUGGUCUCUUUUCUUCUGUUAUCAUAUCAUAUCAUAUUAUCGAGGGGGGAGAUGCAUGGAAGGGAAGAGGAUUGGGAGGCAGGAACUCGGGAUGAGUGAUGUGAUUCUCUCACAUGCAGACAUGAGAGGAUAUGAGAUCAGAUGAUAUCCAGAUGAGAGGGAAAUGAACGAUACAGAUAGCUCGGACGAGGAAGGAGAGAAAAGUCAUUUUCUAGUCUGAUCUGACGAUAGAUAUGAGAAAGAAAGAAAGAAAGAAUAAAAUGAACAGAGCAAGUUGGCUGCUUUCAAAACCACUCUCUUGUUCCGGCAUUUCACAGUGAAGUGAACUCUAUGUAGAUCACAACUAAAACAACUCUUUCAAAACACCAGGUCCUCUUUGGGAAGUAGAUGGAUAUAUCCCGUCACAUCCGCACAUACAGCCAAGUUCACAAGCACCUCUCAAAAGCGAGUCGGCACCUGAGAUGGUGGCAAGCUCGCAAGGUAUGCGGGUAAAUACUAAAUCCCCGGCACUUACCUGCCCACCACCUCCUGCCCCUGCUCCUGCUCCUGCCCCUGCUCCUGCUCCUGCCCCUGCUUCUGCCCCACCAUGCCCACUCAACUAAAA